UGAAGAGACAAUAUCAUGGUUCUAAAUUAUAUAGGUAGUAUGACGUUAUUUACCGUACCUAAGGUACCUAAGGUAGGCAUAUAACCUGUUAUUGCUACCUCUAUAGUAUAGUUCAUCAUGUUUUAAGAUCAAGAUCAAGAUCAGCGUGGCGUUAUUUGUGAAUAUGUAUGUCUUACAUUAUGUACAUAGAGCACCAAAAGCAUGGCACCUUAGAUACGUACGCUCUAUACUGGUCAUAAGAUUAGAAUUAACUAAUUAUCUAGGUAGGUUAACUACCUCCAAUGCAACUAUUUUCCAACCUUCAACAUACUAGUUAUAUAUAGAUCUAAACCCGAGCUAUAAGAUCCGGUUCGGACCGGUGCGUAUAAUAGGUUCCUACUGCAUGGAUUAAGGACGUCUCAACAUCUUGGGCGUCCGAUUCAUCGUCGGAAAUAAGCGACGAUGUGGUGGAUCAAAGAAGCAACCCGCUUGAUCCUAGCUCACCUACCGGGAAUGGGAGCCAACAGACACGAGGGCAUCGACUCUAGCGCCUCUAGCGCCACGGAAGUGCCUGCUACAAAUCGGCAGGAAAUUAGGACGGACGGGCCGUUAGAGUUGUCAAGCGAUGGUGCGAUACGGCCACAGUCUGGUAUUACUUCCGAUCGGGAUGACUCGUGGACGAGCAGCGAUGAGAAGGAUGGCGGCAAGAUGAGGGGAGACGAGCAGGUAGAGGAAGAGAAGCGUACUCGAAGUCGAGACUUGACGAGGACCGAUACCAACAAGUCCAUCGCCGAAACGCUCUCUCUGCCUCGGGAAAUCCUAUUUGUUUUUGUUAUUUGCCUUGCGCAGCUCUAUACGCAGAAUGGCCUUGGUCAAACUAUAAGCAUCAUUCAUAUAAUUGGGAGUGAUUUCGGUAUCACCAACCCCGGAGAGCUCAGCUGGUUUAUGGCCGGCUACAGCUUAACUAUAGGCACAUUCAUCCUGUUCUCUGGAAGGCUUGGCGAUGUCUUCGGCCAUAAGACCUUAUUUCUUAUCGGUAUGGGUUGGUAUUCCAUCUGGACCACCGUAUGCGGCCUCGCCGUCUACUCGAACCAUGUCCUUUUUGUAUUCGCCCGUGUCCUCCAGGGCAUCGGCCCCGCCAUCAUCCUUCCAAACGGAUUGGCUAUCCUCGGCGUUACCUACGCCCCCGGCCGACGCAAGGAGAUGGUCUUCGCUAUUUUCGGCGCUAUGGCACCGACAGGGUCCUCCAUCGGCUCGCUAUUCGCCGCCGUUCUUACCCUCGCCUGGUGGCCUUGGGCCUUCUGGGUGUUUGGCAUUGUUCUCGCUGCAACCGUCGUCAUAGGAUACUAUGCCAUCCCGUCGGCUUCGAACAUGCGUCAUGUUAGACCUAAAGGGCUAAAGGAUACUAUACAACAGCUUGACCUUGUAGGGACGCUCCUCGGCGUAGGUGGACUCGUUCUCAUCAACUUCGCAUGGAAUCAAGCUCCCGUUGUCGGUUGGGCCCAGCCUUAUGUUUACGUCUUGCUCAUUGUCGGGUUGCUGCUUCUUUUCGGCUUCUUCGUAUUCGAAGUGAAAUUCGCGCAGCACCCUCUGAUUCCUUUCAACGCCCUUUCCUAUGAGGUAUCUUUCGUCUUAGCUGCUAUAGCAUGUGGAUGGUCUUGCUUUGGUAUUUGGUUCUUCUACGCGUGGGAAUUCUUACUUGUCCUCCGAAAGGUUCCGCCUCUGUUGGCUACGGGGAUGCUCUCUCCGACAGUUCCCUCGGGAAUUAUAGCUGCCCUCUUUACAGGUUAUACUUUACAUCGUCUUAGGCCUCCAAUAGUUAUGACAAUGGCUCUGGUUUUCUUUACAACCGGCAUUAUCAUCGUCGCAACCUGUCCUGUUGAGCAGGUCUACUGGGGCCAGUUCUUCGUCUCCACCCUGAUCAUGCCUUGGGGGAUGGACAUGAGCUUUCCUGCAGGAACCGUCAUCCUCUCCGACUCCGUACCCCGAAAGCACCAAGGCAUCGCUGCGAGCUUAGUUAACACCGUGGUUAACUACAGCAUCUCUUUAGGGUUAGGGUUUGCAGGCACCGUCGAGACGCAAAUCAACAAGGGCGGGGAAACUCCAGCGGACAUCCUGAAAGGAUACCGAGCGGCUUACUACAUGGGCAUCGGCCUUGCGGGUCUUGGUAUCCUUGUAUGCGUUGCUUUCGUCACCAAGAGUGGGAAUCGAAAAGGGGCUGCUAGUCACGCUGCGCCCUAAGACAAAGUUGUUUUGAUCGCAACCCUUUUAUCCUCUCGGCAUAUUUGAAUCCAAAGAAGCAAUGGCCUUCCCAGUUACCUUGUGCAAACUGCUUUCUUUGCUAAUACGUAU